AUGUCGACUGAAGAGCCUUCGUCGAAACGGCCCAGCAAGAACGCCAAGAGCUGCGCCGAGUGUCGGAGACGCAAAGUCCGCUGCGACUGGCCUGCGCCAGGUGCCCUGAGAUGUGCGUAUUGUGAGGACAGAGGCCUGUUUUGCGAGCCACAACGCCCACGGACGCCGGGGCCCGAAGUUGUACGAAUUACCACCAGGGCCCGGCUGGCAAACCUUGAGCGGAGCCAGUCCUCCAUCUGGGCGGCGGUACGGCAGCUGCAGGCACAGAGCGGCAUUGCCGCGUCCGCCGAACGCCCCCCUUCCCCGUCGCAUGCAUCCCAUGUGGAUGAGGGACCAGACUGCGACGAGGAGUCAGACGCAACGGAGAGCCUGUCUCCCCCGAAUGCCCCCAUUCACCUGCUCCAGCUCUUCGACAACGGUGUGCUGGACUCUGGCGGCAACGAGUCCGGCCAUGGCCACACAGCGGCAUCCCACCAUCCGCCCAGCCCGCAGCGGGUGCAAGACUGCGCUGCUCUGCGGGCCUUGACCCCAGCUCGAACGGACAUGAUCACGAUUGCAGCAUAUGCUUCGUCAUGGCUGCCGCUGUACGCAUCGUUGCUGCCGAUGGUCCAUGUCCACAACACUCCAGAAGCACUGCUUGCUCGAUACGACGAGUUACAGCAUGAAGUCGAUCCAAUUGCACUCGCCACCUUGCUGCUAUACAUUGCAAUGGCUGUGCAGCAUGCCCCGUCAACGGCCAGCUUCCCGGAAUCUGAGAACAUGCAGCAUCUUCCAACCUUUGUCAAGACUGUGUCUGACACGGUUGAACGAAUGGUCAUCUCAGACGAUGCGUUGGGAGGGACUCUGGAAGGGAUCGAGGCGGCUUUGCUCUUCCUCAGGUUACAGCUGGGUCGUGUCAAGGUCACCAAAAUGUGGCUGCUAACACGGAGAGUCAUAGCGCUCUCAGAGUUGCUGGGCCUUCCGCGAGCGACGGCGACUCUGGCGUCCAUGCCCAACAGUGUCGACUCGCCAUCUUCAGAUCCAGAUGUUGCUCGUCUGAAGCGGAGAGCGCAGGCAUGGGUGUCUGUUUGUGCCAUCGACAGAUUUGCAUCGAUGCUGUGGUCGCUUCCUCUGGCCACGGCGCGCUAUCCGCUGCCCAAAGAACCCCUUUUGGACUGCUCCACCGGCCAGGUCAACGCACAGUCGUAUCUGUACAGCCUUGCCGACAUUGCCAGCCGAGUUUCCGAGCUUGACGGUAUGAUCUCGGCACGGAAACCGCCGUCGGAGCUGUUCAACGCGGUCAUGCAGACCGACCAUGAGCUGCGGUCGCUUGCCAGUUUUCCCGGCAACGAGUGGUGGAAGCCAUCGAACGAGUUCUCCAUCGACGUUGUGCUACAAUACUGGCACCAAUACUACAGCAUUCGCAUCCACCUUCAACUCGCCCUGACGUACGAUGGGCAGAGCGAGCAGUUUGCCUUCAACUUCAUCACAUGCCUCAACGCCUGCCAGGAGCUGGCGAGCCGGUACCUGCUCCUGAGGCCUGCCGCCCCCGCAGGCUUCUUCGCCAACUGGGUCAUCGAUAUGCAAGCCUUCACGAGUGCCGUAUUCCUGCAGUUGGCAAGCUACAGGAUCACCCACAAAUCCGGCCCGGGGGGGUUCCCCCAUGGGUUCGAUGUCGGCGUCAUCACCAGUCUAGUUGGCCAAGUUGUGAAUGCCAUGGGCUCUUCGCCUGGAACCUCAGGUAAUGGCUUUGCACAGCAAGCCGCGAGUGCCAUUCAGUCACUGGGUUCUCUUUUGCAGCGCCCGAAUAUGCAAGAUCCUCAGCGAAUAUCGCUGCGCCUUCCCCUGAUCGGCAACAUACAAAUUUCCAAAAGGUCUUACGCCAAACCUGACUACGCUUCUGGGCAGAAUGUGGCACCGCAGAAUGUGCUCUACACUCGACCGCAGAGCGCUGAAAACGAAAUGGCAUUCUUGGAUACCAACUCCGAUAUCACGUCGCAGCAAGCGCCAUACACGUCUGACGCCAUGGAUAUGAUGGACUCGUUCUCAUAUUCGAUUGAGAUACCGGAGACGUACUAUUGGGAAAUUCCAGAGCCCUACUAA